AUGGAGAUUAAUCCAUCCAGCACAGAAAAUUUGGAGCCAACAAUGUCGAGUGAUGAUCUUCAAGUUCUAGGCCAUGCUAAAUCUUACAGAUGCACUUUCUGUAAACGAGGUUUUUCUAAUGCACAAGCACUAGGAGGGCAUAUGAACAUUCAUAGAAGAGACAGAGCCAAGCUUAAAGAGUUUUCCAGCCAAGACUUUCUUUCUUUGGACAUCAAGAGAAUAGAUUCUGCUGAUAGUCCUCCGGCUUCUGCCAAUGAGAACACGCCGAAAACAGCCAGUAUUUCGUCUGGAGAAGUUGAUUCAGCAGUCGAGCCUUUUGAAAAUUCUCAAACUGUGCAAGGUUUAGCUUUGUUUACUGAGGCACCAUUGGUUAGAAAUGAUGAAGGAGAAAACAGUCAUUUUGAUGAGCAUAUGGAGAGCAGCCGGGUGCUUAGCCAUGGUUCUACGCAGGCUGAAGUAGACCUUGAACUUCGGUUAGGGCCUGAACCUGAUCAUGAUGCAUCCUCAAAGCAAUAG